AUGGAUCCCACUACUCGUCGAGACAACCAGACCUUUGAUAUUCGCGACUCCGUCCUCGUUAACAUCGCCAACCCAGCAAUCAAGAAGUACUUCUCCCAAGCCGAACAGUCCGCAGAUGAAGGUGACUGGCUCUCCAGGCCCGAGAUUCCCUCCUCAGAGGAGAUCAUCGGUGCAGAAUCUUCGGAUGACGACUGUGUCGAAUUGGCUCCAAACAAGGUUACUGGUCCCUGGCUGUCAAAAGAUCUGUAUCUCAAAUCCCAUUACGAGCUGCUCAGAGAGGAUGCCGUUGCACCCUUGAGAGAUGCCGUUGCCUAUGUCAGGGAGGAUCCGCAGAUGAUGGAUUCCCAGACUGUCGCCAUUUAUGAGAAGGUUCAUAUCGUCGGCAUCACUUUUGCUCAAAAAGGACUGGCUUUCCGCAUCCAGUUCUCCACCAACCGCUCUGGGAAGAACAUUGUAUGGGAAUACUCCAAACGCCUGAUGAGCGGUACCAUCGUCGCUCUAUCCCCGGUCCAAGACUAUUUCCGCAGAGAGUGCAUCGUUGCUGUCGUCGCAGCGAGGCCUUUGGAAGGCGUGAAAAUGCAGCCUGCAGAGGUGGAUCUUUAUUUUUCUCGAUCCGAAGAUGUCCAUUUUGACCCCCAGCAAGAGUGGGUUAUGGUGGAGUCACGCUCUGGCUACUACGAGUCGGCAAGGCAUACGAUGACCGCGCUUCAAAGGAUGGCGAGGGAAGAGUUUCCUCUUCAAAAUCAUAUCUGUCACCUAGAUCCCACAAUCGAUGCCCCGGAAUACAUCAAGGAGAACCCCGUUGUUGAUAUCCGGCCAGCCUUCGGAAACUUGGACAAUGGCAAGAUUAACUUGCUGAAAUCGUGGCCCAAACGGCCACUGAGCGACCAUCUCGACGCUUCUCAGUGGUCCGCUUUGGAGUGCAUACUCACUAAGAAACUGGCCAUCAUCCAGGGCCCUCCAGGAACGGGCAAAACUCACGUCUCUGUGAUUGCGUUGAAAAUCAUGCUCAGCAACGCACAACCCGACGAUCCCCCGAUUAUCAUUGCGGCUCAGACAAAUCAUGCUCUUGACCAACUGUUGACUCACGUCUCAUCCUUUGAGAAGAAUUACAUCCGUCUGGGUGCUCGCAGUACUGACGUCGAGAUCAGAAAGCGCACUCUGUUUGCCGUCAGGCAAAGGGAACCCGUCGAGAACCUUCACGGGGGGCUUUUUAGCCCGGCAAGGAAAUCAUUUGGGCGCAUCGUUGCGUCCAUUGUACGCCACCUGAAAGCUUUCAGUAAGGCUAAUGGCGACGCGCCACUUCCGGCUUCGUUCUUUCUGGAUCACGGACUCCUGACACAAACUCAGUAUGAUUCCCUCGAAAGCGGCUCAAAAAGCUGGCGACGCCCAGGCUGUGACGAAGAAGUUGACCCACUAAUUGCCUGGCUUGGCGAUGAAGUGGUGAAGUAUGAAGUUAAUUAUACAACAGAGAACUUUGGCUUCGUGGAGGAUGAGGUCGAUCUGGAAUAUGAGCAACUCAAGGAAUUUGAAGCGGAACAAGGGCUCGACGAUGAUGAUCAGGAAGCGCUCAAGGGCCAAUACAUGGGCCUCAAAGAAGGAUUCCGUGGGCGGAAUGCGAUUUCUUGCUCCGAGAAAGCUAUUUCAGAGUACCUGAGACGCCGUGAUAUGUGGAAGAUACCGUCCAAGGUUCGUGGAGCAGUUUACAACAAGCUUCGACAGCUAGCGAAGGUGGAAAUUCUCCAUGACUUCCGCAGGCUUGUAGAACUUUACAAUCUCAACUGCAGAGAUCUUCAAAUCGGAAAGUGGGAGCGCGACUAUACUAUUCUCCGAGGUGCAAAGGUCGUUGGGAUGACGACGACAGGUUUGACGAAGUACCGGGCUCUUGUCUCGAGCCUCAGGCCGAAGAUCAUCAUGAUUGAAGAAGCAGCUGAGGUGAUCGAGGCUCCAGUUGCUACUUCCUGUGUUGAAUCACUUCAACAUCUCAUCCUUGUGGGCGACCACAAGCAGCUCAGGGGGCAUUGUACGGUACAAGAACUCGCAGGAGAUCCGUUCUUUCUCGACAUGUCCAUGUUCGAACGGCUUGUGAAUAAUGGGAUUUCUUACAUGACCUUGACGAGGCAAAGACGUAUGGCACCCGAAAUACGGCGAUUACUCACACCAAUCUAUGGUGAUGAACUGCAAGACCACCCUUCUGUGGAGAAUCGGCCAGGCGUCCCCGGAAUGGGGGAUAUUGCAUGUUUCUUUUUCAGCCAUAAGUGGCUAGAAAGUACGGACAGUCUGGCAUCAAAGUUCAAUGAGAUGGAGGCGAAUAUGAUAGUAGGGUUUUUCCUCCACCUAGUGCUGAACGGAGUCGCAGUGACGGAUAUAACCGUCUUGACGUUUUACAAUGGGCAGAGGAAAAGGCUUUUGAGACUACUCAAGAACCAUCCGUAUCUCCAAGGGACCUACGUGAAAGUGGUGACGGUCGAUUCAUAUCAGGGUGAAGAGAACGAGGUCAUCAUCCUCUCACUGGUCAGGAGCAGCUCGCACGACCGCAUUGGAUUCCUUUCCGUGGAGAACAGAGUCUGCGUUGCUCUCUCCCGUGCCAAACGUGGCCUCUUCAUAUUUGGAAAUGCAAGAUCGCUGGCAUCGGCGGAUCGACUGUGGUGGGAGAUUAUUCAUAUGAUGGGCAAUGAUGAAGCAGAGAAAAGACGACUAGGGUUCCAUUUACCUUUGCAAUGCUCCAGGCAUAAGAACAAAACUUUUAUUCGCGAGCCGACUCAGUGGACCGGUAUAAAUGGAGGAUGUCGAAUCGUGUGUAAUGAGAAUCUCUCUUGCGGCCACAAGUGCAGCCUUCGAUGCCACAGCUUCACACACGAUCGAGUCAGUUGCAGCGAAAUCUGUGGGAAGAAGAAUCCUUGCGGACAUAAAUGUAUGCAACCUUGCUCAAAUGGCCACAUCUGCAACUGCAAAUGUGCGGCCGGCAACCAAAUUGCGGCUUCCAACUUGUCGUUUGGCUUUGGAGCCACCGACAAUGAAGAGAUGACAGCAGAAGAAGAACGACGAGCCCUAGCAAAGAGCUACCAGGACUUUGCAAACGGCGGCGCCAGGAAACAGGAUUUUCUUCUUCUCGCUAAAGCAAGAGGACAGUUACAGGAGGGUCUGGACAGGAUGGCACUCACUGACUUGCUCGAAGACCACAGCAGCAUGGAGAGCGAGACCAUGCCUGGUAGUAGCACCACGGCUGCUGCUGCUGCGCCUUCGCAGGUGGAUGCCAACGUUGGUGACGUAUAUGCCGGGGAUUACCUCGAUCGCCUGGGAUAA